GUGAUGUGUACUUAGAAAUUCAUUAGAAUUUUCAGCUGAGUGAUUGCGAGUCGGAAAGUAAUAUACGCUAUUACGCCUCUGAUCAAUAUGCUAGACGUCGGAGGAACCAGGAUCACGAUCUACGCGGAAAACGCUAGUUAAUGAAAUUGUUUUCAAGGAGAAGUUGAAAGAAUCGGUUAAUCUGUCUUAUAAAAAGGAGAUGAAUCAGAAGAUGUCUAAGUUAGUCGAGUGAUAACAGUGAACAUGUUAGUGACCAUUUUACCAUUUCUUUUAACUGCUCGAUUAACUCCAGAACAUCCUCAAGAAAAAUAUCAUUGGCAAUAUGGUGGAGAAAUGACGUUUAACGUUCUCGUAGAUCUAUCUCGAUUUGACAUCGAUCGUGGAAGACGUAUUUAUUGUUCGACGAUUUCGAACGAGCUCAAAUGUCGCGUUAAAGAUACCGAAGCUCUCAGCUGUUAUUUUUUAGAUCCUGUUGUAACCCUUUCAACGAUUAACAAUAACUCAACGUGCGAAUGGUCAAGAAAUCAUCAAAUUGCAGUUAACGAUUGUCCCUUCGAUCGCGAACCGUUCGAAAUAAGAUACGAUUCUCGUGGUAUCGAGAAUCUCGUUGUAAGCAGAACUAUACCAAGAUGGAAAUUGGAUGUAACGAAAGCUAUUGUUAAUCAACUUCACGUUGGCUUUGAAUUUAAAGAAGGACAAUCUAAGUUUAAAACGAUCGAAAAUUUUAAUUUCGGUCAUUGCGAAUUAGAUUCAAAGGUACUCGUGUCCGGCAAACAUCACGAAAACGAGGAACACGUAGAAAAGAAUUUUGAAAUGAUUCUGUUGGAUUCGAACGAAUUACGUUACAGAGAUAUACUCGAUCAAAAUGGUCAAAUAAUUAUCGAAAAGAUCAGACAUCCUAAAAACUGUCCAAGAAGGCCUAUUUAUUUCUUUGGAUUUCCUACGAGUCGUAGAGAUGAUACCGAGAAAGGAACUUUUAUGGAGAUGAUAUCCUCGAAGACCAGGAUGGUCAUAUCCAAAAGAGGAUUUUCUUCAGAAACGAUUUCCGAAGGUGUACCAAUAACGAUGAAUGGAUCGAACGUCGGAUUGUCACGUCAGAGAAUUAUUUUGUUCUUAAAAAGUGUGAAUCCCGCUCGAAAUUUACCACCAACGAUUCCUAAUCCAGCUUCCACCAGUAUUCAUACUUAUUCUAGUUUUGAUCAUUACACCAAACGAAUGUUACGUAGAAGUAUUAGAUUUUUAGAAAACCAUGACAAAUUUAAAUCGAUUCUUCGUUUAAAAAAAUGAUAGUUGUACUUACAAAAUGUUAUGUAGUUUUAACGAUCGAUAUGUUAACGUUUCUCCCAUUGCGUUUGAAAAGUAACUUCUUUGGCUUCCAAGAUUAAUCGUAUCACACAAACGAGUAACACUCCGAGUUCGUCUAAUAAACGCAAUUAAGAAACUUGGAAUAAUCCUUUAAGUUAGCUCGAAGCAAUAUAUUUACGAUUGGUCUUAUCUUGGUAAAAGUUAUCUUGAACAAGUUUUAUAUAUACGGUUAGUUACAAUUAUGUAAAUUGAAUAGAUAUACAUAAAUGUUAAUAAAACACAUAUGUACACAUA